AAUAAUUAAUUAGUUUCGAGCUAUGCGAAGAAAACUACGGAUUUGCGAUUUCGAGCCUACUUUCGUCUCUCCCAGCUAUCCUCAUGGCGUCCUUCCACCGCCCACCUGAAUAUCCCGAUGGCUUCUGAGCCUAGAAUCCAAAUCCCCACAUGGCCCCCACUCUGCGUUGCCUCCUUUUCUUCAUCUUCUUCCUCCUCCUCCUCCGCCGCCGCGCAGCAGCCGCCCCUGUCUUCACCGAAUUCCUCUACCCCAAUUUCUCAGCCUCGAGUGUGAACUACCUUGAGAAAGGCGGAAUCUUUUUCUACUCCAACACCUCCACCUUCUACGGCACACUCUCCUCCCAAGCUCCGCAAUCCCCCUUCGUCUUCUCCAUCGUACACUCUCCGACCUCCGCCGUCGUCUGGUCGGCGAACGCCGCGAAGCCCGCGCCGUACACUGCCGAGCUCUCCUUCAACGCCACCGGAUUCUCCAUCUCCUUGCCAGACGGUACCGUUCUCUGGGCCACCCCGAAGCUCCCUCGUCCAGCAAACGCCGCUUGUCUCCUCGAUUCAGGGAAUCUCAUCGUCCUCGAUGCAGCCAACGUCUCUAUGUGGCAAUCCUUCGCUUAUCCCACCGACACGCUUCUAUCAUCCCAGCGCCUUCCGUCUGGAAGCUACCUCUCAACUCCCGGCGAUGAUUACCGCCUCAUGGUUACUGACAGCGAUGCUGUACUUCUCUGGUCGAUCGGCGACGCUCAACAGUUCUGGCGUUUAUCUUCCGAUAUCCGCUUUUUUAAGGACCUCAACUCCCAGGUUGCUUACAUGGCGGCGAACGAGUCCGGGCUUUACCUGUUCUCCUCCGCCGGGACUGUUGUGUUCGAGGUUAGUCUCCCUCCGACAAAGCUACGCAUUUUGAAAUUGGAGUCCAACGGUCAGUUCAUCAUCAAGGGUUACUCCGGCACGGGUUCCGCACUGGAUCAAGCGCUCGUUGCGCCGAGCGGCUUAUGCGAUCUUCCAUCGUCCUGCAAACAGCUCGAUGUCUGCACCGUGCAGAACCAGGCUGCCACCUGCAAUUGCCCUGCUUCGUUCACCGCAUCGCAUAACGGCGGUUGCGCGCCGAGCGAUGGCUCCACCGUCUUCUCUCCAUCGGGGUGCACCAGCAGAAACAAGAGCCAGGAAAGUUAUCGGAGCUUGGGAGGCGGAGUCGGGUACAUCCCGAACAAAUUCGCGAGUCCGGUGAGCUCGGGAAGGGAUUUCGCUUCCUGCCGUGAUUUUUGCAGCGGGAAUUGUACUUGCCUAGGGUUUUUCUACUCGGCAUCAUCACAGUCCUGCUUUCUGGUUAAGAAACAGAUCGGUUCCCUCGUUAGCAACACCAACGAUGGAGUUUCGGACACCGGAGUCGGAUACAUCAAGGUACUGGAAACCCCUCAAACACCAUCGGUUUCAAGCAGAGGCUCUUCCUCCUCCAAUCUUCUCCCGAUUCUCUUACCUUCCAUCGCAGUAUUCCUUCUUAUCAUCGUCCUGAUCUUCGCCGGAACCCAAUGGCAUCGCCGCCGUCGCCGACACCAUAGCGGAAAGAGAAGAUCCCGAACCUCAUCGUCCUCAAAACCCUCUAAUAUGAAAGAUAUCUACCUCGGCCGGAAUCCCGCAUGGCCAUCCCCAGGCGACGAACACGGAUUCACCGGCGACGACUCCAAUUCCGAUUCCGAUGAGAUCUCCAUCCCGGGCCUGCCAACCCGAUUCACCUACUCCGACCUCGCUUCCGCCACCGAUAACUUCAGCGUCAAGAUCGGUUCCGGCGGUUUCGGCGAGGUUUUUAAGGGACAACUUCCCGAUAAAAGUUUUGUAGCCGUGAAACGGAUCAGCGCUGCUCUCGGAGGCGGAGUUCACGGCAAGAAGGAGUUCUGUACGGAGAUCGCCGUCAUCGGCAACAUCCACCACGUGAACCUGGUUCGCCUCCGCGGAUUCUGCACCGAGGGCCGCCGCCGGAUGCUGGUAUACGAGUACAUGAAUCGUGGAUCCCUCGAGCGCCCCCUAUUUGGCGCCGCUGGUCCUGUGCUGGAGUGGCAGGAACGGAUGGACAUUGCCAUCGGAGCGGCACGAGGGCUUGCCUACCUCCACUUCGGCUGUGAUCAAAAGAUCAUUCACUGUGACGUAAAGCCGGAGAACAUACUCCUCCACGACGGCGGCGGCGUUAAAAUCUCCGACUUUGGUCUUGCAAAGCUCAUCAGUCCGGAGCAGUCCAGUUUCUUCACGACGAUGAGGGGGACAAGGGGAUACCUGGCACCGGAGUGGCUCACCAAUUCGUCAAUCUCCGACCGGACAGACGUCUACAGCUAUGGAAUGGUACUGCUAGAAAUCAUUCGUGGUCGGAAGAACAGGACUGUUGAAUCUAGCGGCGGAGGCGGCGGUGGGUCGUCGAGUGGCGGAUCUGGGAUUGGAGAGGUGGGGUAUUUUCCGAUGGCCGCAUUGGAGAUGCACGAGAGGGGAAGAUAUUUGGAACUUGCGGAUCGUAGGCUGGAGGGGAGGGUGAGGGAGGAGGAUGUGAGGCUAGCAGUAAAGGUGGCAUUGUGUUGUCUGCAUGAAGAUCCUGGGCUGCGGCCAACCAUGGCCAGUGUGGCAGCAAUGCUCGAGGGGGCGAUGGAGGUGACUCAGCCACGGCCGGAGGCUCUCAAUUUUCUUCGGCUAUAUGGAAGGGGGUUUGUUGAUUACGGCGGCAGCAGCACCACCACCGGAGAGCAGGUCACUGGUACUACAAGCAGCAGCUCUGCUGUCUCCUACUCUUACAUGACCUCGCAGGAGGUAUCGGGGCCAAGAUAGACAUUUUUU